AUGGCUGCUUCUAAGGAAUACAAAAUUACUGAAUUGACCACCGCCGAUUUUGAUGAAUGGUCUACCUUAUUCAACAGAUACCUCGACUUUUAUAAAACCUCACUUGACCAGGAGCAGUACAGAAAGACCUUUGAACGUCUCACCCGGAAGCGAAACGAGCUUCAGGGCCUGGUCGUGCGGGAGGAGGGCAACGAAUCCACCAUUGUUGGAUUUGCUCACUUCUUCCCCAUGCAAACAACAUGGAGUGAGAAGAAGAUCAUGUUUCUUGAUGAUAUAUUUGUGGAUUCUUCUGUCCGCAACAAAGGUCUAGGACGCAUGUUAAUCCAGUCAGUUGCUGAGAUCGCGAGGUCUAGUUACUGCCUUCGUGUGCAGUGGGUAACACAACAUGAUAAUGUGUCAGCCCAAGCACUCUACAACAAGCUGGCUGCCAGUCUAUUCAAAGAGUAUCGCUUGGGACUAAACUGA